AUGGCCUCGGGCGAGCCAUCUUACAUAGACUAUGAGGCCUUCCUAGACCCUGAGUUCUCACCGGCCUCAUUCGCCAACUCACUUGUUCAAAGCACCAACAAUGCUACCGAUACACCACUGGAUCUGUCCACUCCGCUGUCGCGGGUCCUGUUCGACCUCCAGGAGAUCGACACCCACAUCCAUGGAUUGACGACCAAAUCCGCGCUCCCGCUUCUGGCGCACACAGAAAGCCAGACCGCCGCCGCAGAGAACGUGCUCAAAGAAGCAGGCAACCAGAUCGCCUCCGUCAGUCAGGGGUACGAACGGCUAGAGACCGAGGUGCUGCGGAAAUGGGAGGCCGCCGAAGAAGCCCGCAUUGCAGCAGAGAACUCGCUUCAGACUGUCCGACUGGGCCGCGCGGUGGCUCGGUGUCUGACCCUGGGCCGACAGCUGGAAAGUCAGGUUGCCGAAAUCACCGGUCGAGGCGGUGGUGCUGCCAGCGGCGGGGAUAAAACGGUGACCAGUGGGAAGGAGAGCUUUCGGGCGCUGGAGCGUGCCGCGUAUACGAUCUUGAGCUUGCGGCAGAUGCUCACGGCGUCAAAGGAAGGAGAGGAAGGCUACGGCCUCGACCGGGUGAAGGUCAUCCGCACGCUGCGCGGCGAGUUUGUGAUUCCCGCUGAGAACAUGGUGAAGGCACGAGCGCAGCAGACCAUCAACCGGUUCUCAUUGACAGCAACCACCAGCAAUGCCUCCAACGGUCAGUCCGUGCAGUCGGGCUACAAACAAGCUCGAGACGCACGGGCCCGACUGGCCACUGCCGCGGCAACUCUAUAUCUACUGUCGCCCAUGCCCAGGGGCACAGGCACGGUCUCGGUCUCGGAGUACAAGCCAGAGCUGCUCCUGUCGACGCUGCAGGGCUACAUGCACACGGCGAUCAUGACGUCCGCAAACACGCUCGCCAAGGCCCUCUCGCAGCUCCCAACGCUCGACCGGACGCUAGGCGACAUCUCCUCGCGAUGCCAAGAUAUCGUCGCGCUGGAGACCAUCCUCCGAGGUCUUCGACCCCCAUCCCAUCCUCUACUGGCUACUCCUCAUGAAGACCACCCGCCCAUAAGCGAGUCCGAGUCCGAACCUACUGCCACGCCCAACAAAGCGAAUCUCCUCCAGCUGCUCCUCCAAGCGCUCGACACUUCAUCGCUCCCCUCCUACUUCUGGCGCUCCCUCGCCUCCUCCCUCACCUCGCGCGUGCAGGAAAUCGUCAACCGCGGGGGAGUCUCUGCACGCACGUUGCGAUCGAAUCGCGACCGCCUCAAGAGGGAAAUCAAGGAGUGCGUGCUCCGUGCCUCCGAGGUUUCUGCCAGUAGUCAUCUGGCCGACAAGGGGCGGGCAACGGCCAUGGCGGAAGGCACCUGGGAGCGCGAAGCGGCAGUGAUGGUGAGCUCGGUGGUUGGGCCGCUAGGACGGUAG